AUGACAGGCAAGUGCACGGCGCAGCGCGUCGGCACGGACUCGGGAGCCCCGCCCCCGUCCCCGGGGAGCCCCGCUCCCGGCAGGACAGUGGCCGCUGAGGGGGUUCAGAGCAGUCGGGCUCCUGAGGAGGGCGCCGGUCAGCCGGGUGGGCGCCCAGGGGCAGUGUCCAAGGCGGGGUCGCCCACGUCCUCCUGGGCUCCUGCGGGGGAGAGCGCGCUGCGGACCCUGGGGGACGACGUGGGCCCCCCGGAGCGCCCGAUCCAAAAGACGGUGCGGUUUCACGCCCCCCAAACCUCCACGGUGUGCCCCUGCCCCUGCCACCGCUUUGGGGGCCGCCUCCCGCUGCCUCGGGAACAGGUCGCCAUGCCCUACUGGGUGCCUCCGGUGCUGAGGGCGCCCCGGAAGGCAGUGAUAAGGCAGCAGAGCGCUAAAGACGCCCAAGGCCCCGGGGUUCUCCGUGGCCGGCUCCGUGGCUCGCGUGGGGAAGCAGAGGCCAUUGUACUCCGUCUCCGGAAGGAGUUCAGAGAGCAAGUGGAAAACGCCACCACGCCUCGUCUGCUUUCCUAGCAAACAGCUGGUUUCCUCCCCGUCUCCUCAAGCCACAGUCCUCAAGCUGCCCGCGCUUCUGCCCUCCCGGUGAGAAAAGCUGAUUGUGACCUGUCCAGGCCCGGGGGCCCGUUUGUCCAA